AUGCCCGCCGAUGCACUAUGGACAUUCGCAAUGGCAUGCAACGUCUACCUAACAUUCUUCCACAAAUACGACUCGGACCAACUACGCCGGCUCGAAUGGAAAUAUGUGCUCUGCUGCUAUGGCGUUCCAUUCAUCCCAGCUUUCGCAUACUUCUUCGUCCAGACCCAAGCCCGAGGCCGGAUAUAUGGCUCCGCCAUCCUCUGGUGCUGGAUCUCUGUACAGUGGUCCUUCCUCCGCAUCGCCAUAUUCUAUGGACCAGUCUGGCUCAUUAUCUCAUUGACCUUCGCCAUCUACCUACGAGCAGGGACGGUGAUUUACCAGAAACGGCGCCAGCUUCGGAACCUCGGUGGCAUUGAUUCAGACCUUGUCCCAGAAUCCCCUUUUGUUAUGUUGACUGGCAUCCAAGUCACCAGGGAGAUCGCCUGUUCUACCCCAGAGCGCCGGUCCUUGUCGGAGGGCGCCGCGCGCGGGUUGCCGUCUAAUGCAUUUAGAGCAUACUCAGUCACGAUCGAGGGCGGGAAUACCAGCAGCACACUUCAAGGUCCCAGCUCGAAUCUCAGUCCCAGUCCUCUUCAGCAGGAGAAUUCUAGCAAGACCGUACGACCGGAUGGAGUGGACUCACAGCGGAGGUCGACGUCCGCAGAAGCUAGUUCAGCUACGUGGGCGUAUACUAAAUACGCUAUGUUGUUUUUUAUUGCAUUGCUUGUUACAUGGCCGCGUAUCCUCGUGGUGCAUGCCCCGUUCGGUGGCAAAUACACAAUCAUUUCAUAUGCGAAAAAGCUCUCAAAGCUCAAGUCCUGCUCUUUUGGUGAAAACUGA